AUAACUCAACUCAGUUCUCUUCCAAAUCAGCCCCAUUUCCCUGAAUAUGUCACACUGUUAUACUGUUAUACCAAGAAGAAGAUCAAGAAAAUCACCCAAGCAAGUUCCAGGAAAGGUUGUAUGCGAGGCAAAGGUGGCCCUGAAAAUGCUACCUGCCCCUACAAGGGCGUUCGUCAGCGUACAUGGGGGAAAUGGGUGGCCGAGAUCCGUAAGCCCAACCGUGGUGGUCGCCUCUGGCUUGGUACUUUUGAGACUUCUUAUGAUGCUGUUGUGGCUUACGAUGAUGUUGCACACAAACUUUAUGGUUAUAAAGCCCAACUCAAUUUUCCUGACCGUGGGCACACCAAAAACCAAGCCCAUAAUUCAACUGGCUCUACCAGCUCAUCACACAGUGGAGUUCCAGACACUGUGAAUAUGUUGCUACUUGAGGGGCAAGUUUCAUAUCCGUUACUUGAUAUCAACAAAAAUGCUGAAAAGGAUAACAAUAAAGGUGUAGGAUUUGGUGAAGUGUGGAAAGAUUUGAAUUUGAACUUGCCGGAGAUUGAUGAUUCCUCCAUCUGGGCAGAGGCAAAAGCCACAAGUUCAUUCCAAGCAGUGAAUGAACCGGGAAUGUUUGCUGGUAACCUAGACGAUGAGAUUAAUUAUUCUCCGUGGCAUUUUUAUAGUUGAAAGAAAUGCAUGCAUAUAAAUGCCUUUAUACAUUUAUAGGUAUUAAUCAUAUAUAGUUAGUUAUCUUUAAGUUGAGUACAAGGAACUUAAAAUGUUUUCUAUCUUAGGCAUGAAAUGACUUUGUAUGUUGUGUUCAUGAUGUCAUAAGACUACUAUGUAACAAAAUGAUAUAACAAAAUGAAGAAAGGAAAAAGUAUAUAUUAGAAUAUAUUAAUAUGUAGGACUCUACUUAGUAGUUAGAUGGUGUCUUCUUUGUCCUAAUUUUUCUUGAAUUUUUAGCUCAUACAGAUGCUAUUCUCUUUCUUCCAAGAAACCAACUAAAAUGGCCAGUGCUAAGAAAGUUAAAUAUCGUGUGCUAUAAAUUAACGCCAGUGUAUAUAUUGAGUUUCACUAAUUUCUGCAACUUUAACGAUUCUGGCUAAGAUCAGUGUUUCUCUUUUUCUUUUUCCCUUUUAAAUAUAUUGGGGAAUUUAUGUAGUAUGUAGU